AUGGGAGACGGUGAGUUUCCAUGGCUGAGAUUGAGGGGACUGGGAGCGGCAGUGGUUGAGGGGACUGGGAUAGGCAGUGGUAGUGUUGCAGUUGGUGAGUUGAGGGGACUGGGAGGGAGAGGGGAAGAUGACGAGAGGGAGGUAUAUAAGAGGAGGCGCUCCAUGUGGACGGCUUUGACAGUUGCUACGGAUGUGCGCUUCAUUUCCAAAAUCACCGAACAAGCAAGUUCUGCCAUCCUCAGGGAUGUGCUAAAAGAACAAAGCCGUGUACAGACAGCGGUUGUGGAUGUGAAUGUUGUGUUAAGGAACUCUUCCCAUACGUCCCUUGGUUCUGAUUCUCUUCCCGGUCUUGCCGGCGCUCGGACCGGUGGUCUCGAUUCCCACGGUGAAGAUCUGUCUACCACUUCCACACUUUCCCCCCCUAACCCUCAAGCCAUCGCCGCCGUCAUCGUUGCCAUCAUCGUCGCCAUCAUCCUGCUCGACCUGUGCAUCUUCCGCUUUCCGGUGGGCCGCAACAUCCGCGAUUUCCUCGUACGCAAGAUACCCUUCUGCAUCGCGUUCUACAGCUGA